ACGAAAUGAGCGACGACAUUGAUUUGUAUUCGGAUGACCUGGACCCCUCAACUAAAAAAGAUGCGGUUCCACCAACGACAACUGAAGAGACUGAUCUUUAUAACGACGUUCUGUCAAGUAGUAAUGCCGAGAGUAUGCCAGUUACCACUGAAGUGAAAUCGGAACCACAAAGUGAAGCGACAACGACAGUGACAACCAGCUCCUUCAACUCUGCUCCUUCAAACUACAAAUAUGGCCAUGGAGGAAGCUGGACAAGACGAGUUUCCUUGUAUAUCGGAAACUUAACAUGGUGGACUACGGAUCAAGACCUUAUGGAUGCAAUUAGAGAACUGGGUGUAAUGGAUUUGCUAGAAAUCAAAUUUAACGAAAAUAGGGUCAAUGGACAAUCCAAAGGGUUUUGUAUGGCGCAUUUUGGAUCAGAUGCAUCAGCUCAACUUCUUCUCGAAAAACUACCGAAACAUAAAAUACAGGGGCAAACUCCUCUGGUAACACCGUGCAAUAAACAAAACUUGAUGCAUUUUGAGCAGAAGAAAGGUAACAAUUCUUCAAGCAACGAUUCACAUGUUACGACGUCUACAACUUUCCAGACCUCUACCAACGUAGUCAACAAUAACAUGACCACUAAUUCAAUGGGAUUUGUUCCUCCAAUGUUUCCUCCGAUGCCCCCUGGUGCUGGCAUGGUCGUCCCGCCCCGAAUGCCUCCUAUGAUGCCAAGUGUAGACAUCAAAACAUCUGUUGCAUCGGCCCCUGCUUUUCCGGGAAUGCCACCGUUCUUCCCACCUGGGAUGCCCCCAAUGCCCCCUUUUCCAGGAAUGAUGCCCCCAUUUCUGCCGCCCACUAGUGGGGGACCAGGUGGCACUGCUCUGGGAUCUCCGAAAGAAGAACGGCGACCUGAAACACCUCCACUGACGGAGACAGAGAUAGAAGAGAUCAUGUCUAGGAAUAGACAAGUGUCCACCACAGCCAUUGCACGUGCACUGGCAGAUGCGAGUAAGGGAGAGUACGAGGAUGCCAGUCAGACUCUGAAGCUGGCCAUCAAACUCAUCAAGCAGUCUAAAGUGUCGGAUGAUAGUCGAUGCCAGGUGCUGAUAACUAGUUUGGAGCAGUGUCUAAGAGGAAUCACUCAGAAGUUCUCAUCUGAGAGUGGUGGCGGAAGCAGCAGCUCAAAGUCGUCUCGUCGGAAGCGUUCUUCCCGCGAUGGAUCCCCAGAGAGGUCGCGAGGAGAGCGCGAGAGUCGAUCGGAUAGACGAGAGAGGGAGCGAAGUGGCGACUACUACAAACGAAGCAGAAGCCGCGAUAGAUCAGCUAGAGACGACAAGUACGAGCGAAGAGAGAGCAAACGAGACCGAGAGUAUCGUCGAUAGUCCUUUCGGGAACUUUAAAAACAAACAACCUGUAUUUUGUGCGACCGUUUUAGUGCGCCACUCAAAUUCGAUCAACCAUGCACCACCAUGUUGCUGAAUCGAUUCUCUCUCGUUAAGCCUGCGCUUUUGAUGCUUCUUGUUAUAAGAGAUUGAGGUUAUGAUGAAGUUUACCCGAUAGGAAAUGAGAUUAAGUCCUUGUGAAAAAAUACGAACUCAUCUGUCAAUAUGUGUUUUGAUUUCGUGAAUUUGUUUUGUUAUUUGGUCGUUAAAAUGACUACUGAUAAUAUUGAUAAUUAAAUAUUUUACUGGCUCUAAAAUAGCUACAUUUGUAGAUAGAUUUGUUUUUGGACGGUUUUAGUUCUGAAGUUUUGGUUUAGAUAUGGAUGUUAGGUGUUAGAAGAAUUGUACAGAUUUGAACCCCGACUCGUUAAUCACGAUUUUGGUGCACGAAAUAUGUAUGUAUUUAAUACAGUAUACUUAAAGUGAAGGUGCUCAGCAUUUUUUAAAGAAUUCAUUGAAAUAGAUAAUUUUUCACCCUUGCGAUAAACUAGGGUAGUGUUAAUUUUUGUAUCUGAAUCGGAUAAACUAUUUUUAUGUUUUUUCAUACUCAAAUACUUGGCAGGUCGAACCUGAAUCAAUGGUGCUUUUAUUUGCUUGUCUCCUUUUCCGCUUCUAUCAUUUAAUUUAAUUUUGGAAAAAUGUUAGCUGACGACUGGUUUGAAUGUAACAUAAUACUUCAGUGCCUUCAAAUGCAAAAACCCUUUCAUUCCACUUGAACAAAGUUCCAAAUUAGAUGUGUAAAUUAGAAGAAUUGUGUUCAAUUCAGUCGGUUGCAGAUAUUUCCCGCCCGCGAUGUGGCAUACUUGAUUUUUGUCUGUUUACAAAAGUUUGUAAGGUAAUAAGAAGUAAGAAUUUUCUAUCACCGUUUUCUUAAAAAUUAAACAAAUAUUACUUGUGGCCAUCUUGUAAAAAUUAAAUUUGUUUCCAAAACGACUUCAUACAUUAAAUUUUUGUCUAAAACUCACAACUGAGUCGAGUAUUUUUCAUUUCAAUGCUGAAGAUAUGUAAAUUGAAUGGGAUAACCAGGAGCUGUUGCUGUAUAUAUUCUUUGUAUAUUUGCUUGAGUUUUGUUCUUUGUUUGAACCUUUGAAAUUUAUGAUACAAAAAUGUA